GGAAAAGGAAAGACCGGCGUCAUUCCAGAAGUUCUAGAACUACGCGCCUAAGUUUCCGCUCCUAUAAGACAUUCCAAAUUCUCACCGAAUCUCUCUCAAUUUAGCCUACGUUUGUGAAACGUCUCUAAUUCUCUGUUUCUUAUUACUAACAAAAAAAGCCCUCAAUUCAAUUCCCUUUUCUUGCGAUUUUAAUCCAAGCAUCAAUCGAUAAUUUCCACCAUGGCCGAUACCUAUCCCGAAACCGAAAAGCAAAUUGAAAUCACCGAGGAGCAGAAAUUGAAAUACUUGGAAUUCGUUCAAGUGGCAGCGCUUCAUGCGGUGUUCUAUGCUGCGAGGGUGUACGCUUACGCUAAGGAGAAUUCCGGCCCGUUGAAGAACGGUGUCCAGACCGUCGAGAGCACCGUCAAGACCGUUGUUGGUCCUGUUUAUGAGAAAUAUCACGAUGUCCCUGUUGAGGUUCUCAAAUUUGUUGACCGAAAGGUUGAUGAGUCUGUGAACAAGGUGGACAAUUUUGUUCCUCCAUUGCUAAAGCAGGUGUCUAACAAAGCUUACUCAGCUGCUCAGAAAGCACCUGCUGCUGCACGCACUGUUGCAUCAGAUGUGAAGAGUGCUGGUGUUGUUGAAACCGCUUCAGGGCUUGCCAAGAACGUGUAUGUCAAGUAUGAGCCUGCUGCAAAGGAGCUUUACACCAAAUACGAGCCAGUGGCUGAGCAGUAUGCUGCUUCUGCUUGGCAGUCUCUCAAUAAGCUCCCAUUGUUCCCUAAGGUCGCGCAGGCCGUAGUUCCAGCAGCCAGCUAUUGUACUGAGAAGUACAAUCAAACUGUUCAACAUUCGGCAGAGAAGGGUUACAAGGUCGCAACGUAUCUACCUCUAGUACCCACUGAGAAGAUUGCUAAGGUGUUUGGCAAUAAAGCCGCCCAACCUAUUGGUGGUGAAGUUGCUGCACACUAGUCGUUUCUUUGUGCCUAUCUACUAUCAUAUGGUUCUUACCUGUUACUAUGACACAGGGGAUCCAUGAUAUGUGCGUGUGUGAUGGUUAAUGGUGUUUUAGACAAUGGAGAUGUGGUUGCCUGGUGAUUAGAAUGUGUUAUGUUGUUGAAUACUUUUAGAUAGGGUGAUUGUUGGCUAUGUUAUAUAGCUUCGUGGGUUAAAGCAGCGGGACUAAUAAUUUUAUGCUGCUUUCCUUUUUAUAAAUUUUUGGUACUGUCCUGUCUUGUUCUUCGGCAUAUUGCUUAUUAUAGGAGUAAAUAUAUACUGUGACAUGGAAAACUAUAUAUGAAAAGCCGACCAGCUAGAGCUUCCAAAUUAUUGAUCUUCAAAAGCACCUAAUACAGAGAACACAUGUAGAGGAGUUAAAUAUAGGCAGCUUGAAGGUGCUAACCUAAGCAGGAAGGCACUUCGAUUCCUUGCCUGUUACAGAUAAAUUCUUUGCCAUUUACAGCUAAAUUACUCACCGUCUACCCUCGUAGUUGUCUCUUGAAGGGAUACUAUAGUUGGUUCGAAUUCCCAAUCCUUGUUUGCAGCAAAUCCAUCCCCGAGAGUUCAACAUCUUAUGCAUGGGCACAAGGAGACCUUAAUAGUAGCCAAUCAUGGUUCCAACAAGUAUGGGCGGGUGAUAAAGUUCAGGUCUUAAGAAACAUUCCUUAGACUAGAGGAACGACUCUUUCCCAUCUUCUUCCUGCGCCAUCAUUAACCAGACUUCAAAUAAUCCAUGCAUGCACUAAAUGAUCAAAGCAAGGCAAUCGCCCAAGACAGAUGGUGUUGCAGUGACAAAUGAUGGGUUUAGUUUCGAAUGAUGAUGUAAUAUAAGGCUAAAUGUUUCAGUGCGGAAGGCAAACUGAAGAAUCACACUUAGUCCCACACAUUUCCGUCAGGCUAAUAACAACCACCAUUCACGUAUACUCCUCCUGCAGGGACAAGGCUGCCGAUCAAUUUGUCCUUCCAGUAUGGACAAUAAGUAUAUCCAGAGCCAAAUGCCUCCAAUUCCAAGUCAAGCUUAGUCCAGCAGUCUGUACCAAGUUUAUAAAUUUCAACAUACAAAAGCUCUGCUCUAUCAUUGCCCAACCGGCCUACCCUGAUGACCUUGUAAUCCUUAGUUAACGUAUCAAAACCAAACCCAAGUACACUCUUAUUCCAGCUAGUUGCAAACAUUUCUUGAAGCUAGUUUACUAACUAGGUCUCUAAUGAGUUUGAUACUUUGAUUCUAUUGACUUCC